AAGAGCCUACCGUCUUGCUCUCAUUGGGCAACCUUACCCUUUCCCCGCCUCAAUGUUUUUGCUUCCUCAGUGAUUGGGCCUGGGCAUUGUCCAUUCCAGCUCCCAGGCACCGCCCUCUCUCCACCCACUCGGGUUCUCCUUUAUUCCCAACGCUCCUCACCUAGCCCCUGUCCUGAGGGUGUGCCUAACCCUGGAGCCAGCUUUAAAGGGGCAGGCCCCUCCUCCUGCCCCAGCCCCACCCACGGGGCCCCCCUUCUCGGUCUUUCAGGCCCAGAGCUCCCUCACAGAACUCCCCCGCACCUUGUCUCGCCCGCUCCGCCUCUCCUUCCCAGCCACAGCUAGAGGUCCUGGGCGCACCUGCAGAGCCAGCGGCUUGCUGGGGGCAUGCGCUCCAUGAAGGCUCUGCAGAAGGCGCUGAGCCGGGCCGGCAGUCACUGCCGGCGGGGAGACUGGGGUCACCUGAGCCGGAGCCCCCUCCUUGGCGGGGGCGUCCGGCACCACCUCAGUGAGGCCGCGGCGCAGGGCAGAGAGACACCACACAGCCGCCAGCCGCAGCACCAGGAUCAUGAUUCAUCAGAAAGUGGCAUGCUGUCCCGCCUGGGUGAUUUGCUCUUCUACACUAUUGCUGAAGGACAGGAACAAAUCCCUAUCCACAAGUUCACCACUGCACUAAAGGCCACUGGACUGCAGACAUCAGAUCCUCGGCUCCAAGACUGCAUGAGCGAGAUGCACCGUGUGGUCCAAGAGUCCAGUAGUGGUGGCCUCUUGGACCGAGAUCUCUUCCGAAAGUGUGUGAGCAGCAACAUUGUGCUCCUGACCCAGGCAUUCCGAAAGAAGUUUGUCAUUCCUGAUUUUGAGGAGUUCACGGGCCAUGUGGAUCGCAUCUUUGAGGAUGCCAAAGAGCUCACUGGAGGCAAAGUGGCAGCGUACAUCCCUCAGCUGGCCAAGUCAAACCCAGACCUGUGGGGUGUCUCCCUGUGCACUGUGGAUGGUCAGCGGCACUCUGUGGGCCACACAAAGAUCCCCUUCUGCCUGCAGUCCUGUGUGAAGCCCCUUACCUAUGCCAUCUCCAUAAGCACCCUAGGCACUGACUACGUGCACAAGUUUGUGGGCAAAGAGCCUAGUGGCCUGCGCUACAACAAGCUCUCCCUCAAUGAGGAAGGAAUCCCCCAUAACCCCAUGGUCAAUGCUGGUGCCAUUGUUGUCAGCUCCCUCAUCAAGAUGGACUGUAACAAAGCAGAGAAGUUUGAUUUUGUGUUGCAGUAUCUCAACAAAAUGGCUGGGAAUGAAUACAUGGGUUUCAGCAAUGCCACAUUCCAGUCGGAGAAGGAAACAGGGGAUCGGAAUUAUGCCAUUGGCUAUUAUCUCAAGGAAAAGAAGUGCUUUCCUAAGGGGGUGGACAUGAUGGCUGCCCUUGAUCUCUACUUCCAGCUGUGCUCUGUGGAGGUCACUUGUGAAUCAGGCAGUGUCAUGGCAGCCACCCUCGCCAAUGGUGGGAUCUGCCCUAUCACAGGCGAGAGUGUGCUGAGUGCUGAAGCAGUGCGCAACACCCUCAGCCUCAUGCAUUCCUGCGGCAUGUAUGACUUCUCUGGCCAGUUUGCCUUCCACGUGGGCCUGCCAGCCAAGUCAGCUAUAUCAGGAGCCAUCCUCCUGGUGGUACCCAAUGUCAUGGGAAUGAUGUGCCUGUCACCCCCAUUGGACAAGCUGGGGAACAGCUAUAGGGGGACCAGCUUCUGCCAGAAGUUGGUGUCUCUCUUCAAUUUCCACAACUAUGACAACCUGAGGCACUGUGCUCGGAAGUUAGACCCACGGCGUGAAGGGGGAGAAAUUCGGAACAAGACUGUGGUCAACCUGUUAUUUGCGGCCUACAGUGGUGAUGUCUCAGCUCUUCGAAGGUUUGCCUUGUCGGCCAUGGAUAUGGAACAGAAAGACUAUGACUCGCGCACAGCUCUGCAUGUUGCUGCAGCUGAAGGACACAUCGAAGUUGUUAAAUUCCUGAUCGAGGCUUGCAAAGUGAAUCCUUUUGCCAAGGACAGAUGGGGCAACAUUCCCCUGGAUGAUGCUGUGCAGUUCAACCAUCUGGAGGUGGUCAAACUGCUUCAAGAUUACCAGGAUUCCUACACACUCUCUGACACUCAGGCUGAGGCAGCAGCUGAGGCCCUGUCUAAAGAGAACUUAGAAAGCAUGGUAUGAGCACAGGUCAUGGAGAGCCCCUGCUCAAGAAAAAGCACGAGCUGGCCACACAUGUAAUCCAUAACCACCAAAAAUGCUAUGAAGAGCUACACUGCUUCAGUGGGGACCCAACAGUCAUGUGGUGACUUAGGCUAGUGCUUUCUAUGAGAGUCAAAAUACCCCAUUCCCUCAGCAGACAGAGUACAGAGAAGGGCCUCAGUGGACACCUGCAGUAGAGCUGUUCAGAGUGAAUGGGCUACAAGGUACAGCCUAAUGGCUUGCCCCACUCAAAACCAUCCCAGCUCUUCACCCAGGUCUCCUCUUCCUCUCCCUGAAGAAACCAUCAUGAGAGAAAGACACUCUGGUGGAGGGACUCUAGCUACCAUGCACAUGUAUAUAUCCACAGAAUAUGGGAAGUGGGAAUGGCUAUGUACAUGGCUUUAGUAGUCUGGAGAGAUCUACUCCCCUUGGCCAGGACAUGCUGCUGCUACUGCUAACAGCCAAUUUUAUAGACAGAGAAAGUGUUUUGUGUUCAAAUAAACUUUUAAUUAUCAAAUCA